GUGGCCCGUCGGCAGGCGCGCUGCGGCGCCUUUAAGAGGCGCGGGGGGGGCGGGUUGGAGGCAUGCCUCCUGGGCCGCUCGCUCGCCACUUCUCCCUGUUAAAGGCGAACCGCGCCGCGGCCAGCUGCUGCGCCGGGAAGAAGUUAAAGUGGAAGGCAGCAGGCGCCGGAGGAAAGCGCUGGCUGUCGCAACAGGCGGCUCGACUGCAGAAGAGGGCAGACCCAUCAGCCCCGGGGAAGAAGAAGAAGAAGAAGAGGCGGACACAUCCACCCGCGCGUGGGGCUUUGAGCCUUGCACUCGGUCUUUCGGAGCGGGUUGCCGCCACGCCAAGUUGGGUCCUGUCUGGGCGCACUUUUUAAAGCGUCUUCUGGAAACGUGGGCUGCCUCCCUCCUCGACCCACAUUCAAGAGCGGCUGCCUGGAGCCCGUGAUGUACACCAUCACUCGGGGACCCAGCAAAUUAGCCACCCAAAGAAGAACAGGUCCCACGCAGCAGGUGGAGAGCAAAUUGGUGGACCUGAAAUGCAGGCGGCAGCAGCAGCAGCAGAGCUCCUGGCCUCUCUCAAGCCCAGCCCCCAAACUCGUUUUCAACAGGGUGAACGGCAAGAGACCCCCGGUGAUGACGCAGCACACAGGAGCCACAGAAGAGAGCUACACAUUGGCUCACGAGGAAAACGUCCGCUUUGUGUAUGAAGCUUGGCAAGAGGUAGAGCAGCAGCUGGAUGGCAGCCGGCAAGGAGAAAGCGGACCUGGUCCCGUGCAAUACACAGAGAAAGCACCCACUCCGGAACUGACAAAUUUUGUGCCCAUAGACCUUGAAGAGUGGUGGGCGCAGCAGUUCUGGGCCAAAAUCGAAAACGGCUCUUAAUGAGGGGGGUGGUGGUGGAAAGAUUGUGAGAAAAGUAUAAACGUACUUUUUUUUUAAUUUAAAAAAAAAAAAAAGUAUCAACCUACUUUGAAGAAAAAGUCUAAAAAUUGCCUCUGAGACGAUGCACAGCCCUGCCCAAAUGGAGAGAGGAGGAGAGAGAAAAUGGACCACAGCAGCUCCGUCCUUGUGCCCACAGGGAGGGCAGGAAGGAGUGUGACCCACUGCCGCGUGUGUGUUCCUUUAAGGCACCGGGGUCUGCACAAGGAGGAUUCCCAUGGCAGGCUGGGGAGACCAUGGCGAGACCAUGGCGAGGGGCUGGCGAUCCCCUCCUUCUCCCACUCGGAGCUGGCAGCCCACGGAAAGCCAGCGGUGACCUGUAGCCCGGACUGCAUUCAGAAUAAAAGCGCUGACGCUGCCAGCGGAACGCAC